AUGGCCGACGACCUGGAUGCCGAGCUGCUCGCGCUGGCGGGUGAUGAUGCCUCCGAUGAGGAGGCGUCUCCUCCCCCCAACCAGAAGGUGACCUCACCUUCACCUUCAUCCUCCCCACGAUCUCCAGCCACCUCCUCCACCAUGGGCCGCAAAGGAACCGCCAAACCCGUUCGACGGGGCCGGAAAUCAAGGAAGGACGACGAGGAAGAUGGCGAAUUGUACGUUUGA